AUGGCUUUGGGGUUUUUCUGUCUUGCUCUGUUCCUUUACCUAAGCCUUGAUCCGGAUUCCGGCUACACGUCUGCUUCCGCCGCCGCCUCCGGUGAAGGUGUCGAGAUCACCUAUGGUAGUGCGAUUAAGCUAAUGCACGAGAAAACUAAAUUCCGAUUGCAUUCUCACGAUGUGCCGUACGGAUCCGGCAGUGGUCAGCAAUCGGUUACUGGGUUUCCAGGCGUCGUUGAUUCCAACAGCUACUGGAUUGUUAAACCUGUGCCUGGGACAUCACCAAAGCAAGGUGAUGCGGUCAAGAAUGGAGCAACCAUUAGAUUGCAGCACAUGAAGACCAGAAAGUGGCUCCACAGUCACCUACAUGCAUCCCCUAUCUCAGGGAACUUAGAGGUUAGCUGCUUUGGAGAUGAUUCAAACUCUGAUACUGGAGAUCACUGGAAGCUUAUAAUCGAAGGGAGCGGGAAGACAUGGAAACAGGACCAAAGAGUCAGGCUUCAACACAUAGACACUAGUGGCUACCUCCAUAGCCAUGACAAGAAGUACCAACGUAUAGCCGGUGGUCAGCAAGAGGUCUGUGGAAUCCGGGAGAAGCGUGCGGAUAAUGUUUGGUUAGCAGCAGAAGGAGUUUACCUUCCUCUUAAUGAGAGCAGCAAGUAA